AUGACCUCAACCACAACCGACUUUCCCUUCCCCCCCCACCACUCCUUCCCCCCCUUCUACACCCUCCAACCCGUCCUGUCGACACGAACCUCCCAACUAGCCUCCUGGUCGCACCUAAUCCAAGCCUACUGCCGGCACCACCGGCUGUUCCAGCUCUCGCUCCGCGAUGCGGCAGACGGGCCGCUCUUCUACAACCGCGCGCUGGGACGAAGACUCAGUUUGAAGGAUGCCAGGGAGGUCGUGGAGUGGAUGGCUAGUAAAGAGGGGGGGGAGAGGGCGGAGUGGGUUGGGGACAAGGAGAGGGAUAGAUUCUGGGUGUGGUGGAGGAGGCCGGAGGAGUGGGCGGGGGUGAUUGCUGCUUGGGUCGAAGCUACGGGCCAGAAGAAUACGGUGUUGACGCUCUAUGAGCUUACGGAGAGCGACGCCACGGCUUCGCAGGAGUUCCACGGCAUGGAUCCAGAGCUACUGCAGAGAUCACUUCAAAUCCUCGUCAAGCGCGGCAAGGCUCAAAUCUUUGGCAGCGAUGACUCGCUCGGUGUCAAAUUCUUCUGA